UCUCCACAAAACAAAGAAAUUUUUUGUAUAAAAGAAAAUAUAAUUAGAGAGCAAUUAGAUGUUACUUCAAUUGAUGAUAAACUAAGAUAAAUAGAUUUACAUGGUUGACAUGUUCAAAGGCAAUUAAAUUUUUUUUGGCUUGAUGAGUUGAAAUGAUUAGGGUGAAUAUAGUGAUUAGAGGGAGAUCCAAGAAAACUCUAGUUGAUGCUAUAAAAAUAGAUUAAAUUUAUUUGAAUAUUGCUAGUGGUAUACUCUUGCAUGGAGGUGAAUGGAAGGGUAAUAUCUGUGUAGCUCAACCUCAAAUAGUUGGAGCCAAUAUGUCUUGAUGAUGGUGUGAUGAUUUUCUUAUUAGUCUAACAUGAGUUGCAGUGAUUUGUGACACUUAUAAGCACUUAUUUAUUUGUCCUCACUAAUAUAUGGUUCUUAUAUUGUUUUGAGUUCUUUCUGUAAAAUCAGUAUUCACUUACUAAUACAGGUCACAGAUUAUGCAAGAGAUCUUGAAGAGAUGCAGACAAUCUCAAAGGAGGAUUAUCUUGUGUCUUUAAGAAGAAAAAGCAGUGCUUUUUCAAGAGGAUUUCCAAAAUAUCGUGGACUUACCAGACAACCUAACAAUAGUCGGUGGGAAGCAUCUUUUGGACCUAUGCAAGGGAAUGAUUACUUCAGCAACUGUAGUACAAGUAGCGAUGCAACUACGGAUGCACGAUAUUCUGGCAUUGCUGGAACGGAAAGGAAAAUAGAUUUAACAAGUUACAUAAGGUGGUGGAUGCCAAAGAAGGUUCAUCAAACAGAAUCAGCCUCCACUGAAGAUGUUGCUCGGGAACUGAAAAUGUUGGAAUGCUCAGCGCAGUCAACUGAACCUUACAAGCUUCCUUCCCUUGGCUAUCCUCAUAAGGGAAAACCUUCCCCACAAAGCUUGUCAGCUUGUAGUAUAUUGUCCCAGUCUGAUUCCUUCAAGAGUUUUGUAGAGAAAUCAUUGAACUCAGAAGAGAACAAGGAUGAUCCUUCACAAUUAAAAAUCCAUCAAGAGUCUGUUCCUCUGUUCUCCAAUUGUGGGCUUGGCAUAUCCGGUGUGAGCAUGGCAUUUAACGAUUUGCCUGUGCCUAGAACAGCAUACCAGAUGGCUCUUCUGUCGGCGCCUCUGAGGACUAACUAUUCUGGUGAUACAGUUAGUGAGCCUCUAUGGACGAGUCUUGUGCCACCAUCUGAACAAUCUACUGAAACAACAUUUAGGAAGAAAGAAACUGAUAGUUCAUCAUAUGCAUACCAAUGCCAAGAAUGACACUCAAGGAUAUCAAAUUUUAUAAUUGGUGUCAAGGUCUCGAAAUGUUGCAUGUUGUGGAUUUAGUGUUCUUGGUUAAUUUGAUUGUGAACUGAAACGAGGCAAAUUGUGUGAAGCUGCAAUUCUCAUCCAUUCUGCUGUUUUUAAAGAGAUGUUCAGGUGCAUAACAGACAUGGAAGAAUCUGAAUAUUUCUUCAAGGGUUAUGCAUACAGGGAAUAAGCUAUAGGAGCCAUGAGAAAUGUUUUCAUAGUGAGAUGUAAGGUUAGCAUUACUUCUGAUGAUUCAUUUUCUUUCUUUUAAAAUUAUUAUAAUUAAAAGUUUAGUCUACUGUUUAGUAUUAUGUUUGGAUCUCAUACAAUUUUAAUUAUUUUGUUUUCUAUUGGAUAAUUAUACUUC